AUUUAGCCUCUCACCAGCAGCAUCGGCCCAUGACUCUACUCCAAUCCAAUCACAGUUGACGACAAUCAACACUCUACAACUAAAACAAGUGAACCUAGAACACUUUAAUUUCUAAGAGGUGGCUGGUUGCACACUGUUUCUCUCUCCAUAUAUAUGUGUGUGUAUAUAUAUAUGUAUGUGUGUCUCUGUGUGUUUUGCACUUUCAAAAUCCCAACUCACCUCCACUGAUUAGCCAUGGCUGGUUCAGACAACAGAACAGUGGUGGUUAAUUGUGUGGUUUUUGUUGGGUGUUUGUAUUUGCUGGUGCUUUGUUUCUACAACCUCGGAGCUUCAGAGAUUUGAACACCCUGCAAAAGGCGAUGGCUCGCUUAGCUUUCUGGUUCUUGGGGAUUGGGGACGAAGAGGUGCCUUCAACCAAUCUCAAGUUGCUCUUCAGAUGGGUAGGAUCGGAAAGAAAUUAGAUAUAGAUUUUGUAGUUUCAACCGGUGACAAUUUCUACGAUAACGGCUUGACAGGCGAGUAUGAUACCGGAUUCGAGGAUUCAUUCACCAAAGUCUAUACAGCCAACAGCCUGCAAAAGCAGUGGUACAGCAUCUUGGGCAACCACGAUUACAGGGGAAAUGCAGAAGCACAACUGAGCCCAGUCCUUAGGAGAAUCGAUAGCCGAUGGCUUUGCUUGAGAUCUUUUCUUGUCAAUGAAGAAAUAGCUGAGUUGUUCUUUUUGGAUACCACUCCUUUUGUGGAAAUGUACUUUAGUGAUGCUGAGAACCACACCUACGAUUGGCGAGGCAUUACCUCUAGGAGGACUUACACUGCACAUCUAUUGAAGGAUAUAGAAUCGGCGCUGAGCCAAUCAACAGCAAGAUGGAAGAUUGUUGUCGGUCAUCAUGCAAUCCGAAGUGUUGGGCAUCAUGGUGACACUCAGGAACUUGUGAACCGGCUUCUUCCAACUCUUCAGGCUUACAAUGUCGACUUUUACAUGAAUGGGCACGACCAUUGCCUAGAACAAAUCAGCGACACCAAAAGCCCCAUCCAGUUCAUAACCAGUGGAGCAGGCUCGAAAGCGUGGAGAGGAGAUGUUAAAGGAUUGAACGAAGAAGGUCUGAAAUUCCUCUACGAUGGGCAAGGGUUUGUGUCUGUUCAGUUGACACAAACUGAUUCUGUAAUCGAGUUCUAUGAUGUUUUUGGCGAAGUAUUGCACAGAUGGAAUGUGUCCAAGGAGCUUCACGUGGCUUCUUAGUGAUUUAGUGCCGCCAAUAGAGGAUGAUAUGGUACCCCAUUUGUGUUUUGGAUCGAUUAAUUUGUCGGGAAAGAGAAAAAAUGGAGAAGAGAGACAUUGAUUAAUGCAACAUUAGUGAUUUGAAGAAGAAGAAGAAGAAGAAGAAGAAGAAGAAGACAUUGAUUGACGCAGAAUUGGUAUGUAAAGAAGAAGAAUACAUCUCAUCAGUGAAGCACCAAAGUGCCAAUUGCUUUUUGUUUGUCAUUUCGAAUGGAAGUGUGAACAUAUAGACAUCUUUGUAUUCUCUAUAUGUGAGCUUGUACAACCACAUAGUGCCUAUCUCAUAGUCAAAUGACAAUUUUGCCCUUAAAA